AUUUACUGGAUUGUAAACUGGAUAAUAAAUCCCGGUUCCCCAUCACUGGUGCUGGAGGUGGGUUUGUCAAAAAGACAAGAGAAUCACAUCAGCUCGCAUUAGUAGUACAGGUGCUGGACCAAAUGAAAGAUCACUGAAAGGAGAAUAUAGGUCCGUAACACAACAUUUCAGACUCUCAGUCCAUCAUCACAGUGCAAGUUGCCAUUAAACUUUGUCUGGGAGCAUCGAACAGGGUUAGGAUAGGAUAGGAUAGGAAAGGAUGAGCCUACAUUGUUUCUUCUAGAGAGAAAUUUGAUUUGGGCACGGAGAGUCUGAGAGUUCACACAAAACUUGUGGACCUAAAUUUUCCUUUUGGUUGUGGUAGGUGUGUCCCAUUGGUUGCAUGUCGUUAGCUACCCACUAACCUUGUUGGCUGUGCAGGAGGUUGAGGUACAGUGACAGUGAGAGCGAGAGCGAUAAGAGGGACGUGCUGGUUCGCAGGCGCCCCCCAGUGGCGACGCAAAGGUUCAGCAAAGUAUAUUUCUCCUCGCCUUCCUCCGAUUCCGAUUCCGACUCCACAGACAUCAGCCAAUUGGUUCGGUCAGCCCUGAACUCGCCCGCCCUCAAAGGCCCAUUUCCUGAGGGAUCCCCGGUCACGACCAUCCCCAAAAGCCCAUUGGCUCAGGCAGCUCUGAUGAACACGCCCAUCCUCAAAAGCCCACUGGCUAAGGUAACCUGGGCUACGCCCACUCUCACAGGGGCUACGCCCACUCUCACAGGGGCUAGCACCAGCGGCCGAUUGGGUAAAGCGAUGUCUGCCACAUCCAGCAGCCCCACCAAUGGCACUGCAUCUAGUGCCACCAAUGCUACCAGCCCAUUGGCUCACACAGCCCUGGCAACACCUACCCGUCCCAGGCUGACCAAUGACGCCUCUCAGUUGGCUCAGGAAGCUCUGGCUACCAGUGGCACCAAGACCACAAAGAGAGUGUGUGUCGGCGGCGGUAGCAAGGCCGCUCCUGGCUUCAGCAUCUGGAGUCUGAGUAAGCUCGUGGCCCCUGCCCUCCCCAGUAGGCGCCCCCAGUGGUUCGGCGGCCUCAUUACACUCAGCUCGAGCGAGUCGUCUGAUGAAGGAGAAGUAGAGCAUGGAGGAGGAAGUGGUGGCGGCGGUGGAGGAAGUGGUGGCGGCGGUGGAGGAAGUGGAGGUGGAGGUGACCGGAAUGGUGGUGCUGGUGGGUGCGCGGCAGAGGCGGAGGAGGAGGAUCGCUGCCUAGCUGGCAGCUGGUUUGUAAUGUCCUCGACUGCUUCCAGCACGCCUCGUGGUGAGCGUAGCCAAUCAGAUGAGGAGGAGGAGAGAGCUCCAGAGGAGGAGGAGGAGGAGGAGGAGGAGGAGAGGGGCCCAGGUGUGGAGGGACAGAGCCCCGGCUCCGAGCCGUCGUAUCACACCUGCGGCUCAGGAGUAGCAAGCAGCAGAGGCAGCAGCAGAGCAGGCCCCUGUUCCCCAGCGGGAGCCAGCAACAGCAGCAGAAGUAGAACAGCUGGCACGGCCUCCAAUCGCAGCUGUGCCUCAGAGGGAACAGUCAGCAACAAAAGUAGAAGCAGGAGCAGAGCAGGCACAGCCUCCUAUCGCACCUGUUCCCCAGAGUCAGCAGCCAGCAACAGCAGCAGAGCAGACAGGACCUCCUAUCCCACUUGUAGCACAGAGCCAGCAGCCAGCAACAGAAGUAGGAGCAGGAGCAGAGCUGACAGGACCUCCUAUCGCACCUGUUCCCCAGAGUCAGCAGCCAGCAACAGAAGUAGGAGAGCAGGCUCCUGUUCAUCAGAGGCUGCACUCAGCAGCAGAAGUAGAAGAGCCAGCCGCAAGAGCAGAGACUGCAGAAGCCGAUCAGGCACGGCUUCCAAUCGCACCUGUGCCUCAAAGGGAACAGUCAGCAACAGCCACAGCAGAGCAGGCACCACAAAGCCAGCAGCCAGCAACAGGAGUAGAAGUAGAAGUAGGAGCAGCAGCAGCAGCAGCAGCAGGAGCCAUUCACCCAACAGCACACACACUCGUACCUCAGCCAGCAGCACACACACUCGCACUCCAGCUAGCAGCAGCACACACACUCGCGGCAGCUCCACCACCACACACACUCGCGGCAGCUCCAGUGCCGGCACUAGCACCACACACACUAAAGAUGGCUCCUCAGCCAGCGCCACGCACACUCGUGGUGGCACCUCAUCUAACAGCACACACACUCGUGGCGGUGUCCUUUACAGGCAGAUGAUGGACGCCACGGCAACCAGAGAGGAGUGGAGCGACGAGGAUUCCAUAUUCGGCGCCAGCAAGAAGAGUGUGAAUGUUACCCAAAGCCCCUCGAAGAACAAAAGAAGGAGGUGGGGUGAGGACGAGUCCCGCUGGAUCAAAGAGGGGGUGCAGCGGUUCGGCACGGGCAAGUGGGAGAAGAUCCGCGCGGCGUACCCCUUUAAAGGACGCACGGCCGUCAACAUCAAGGACCGCUGGCGGACCAUGCAGUUGAACGGCCUGUGAGAACCACCAGAGGGGUACCAUGCAGAAGAGCAGCUAUGCCUCUUUUCCACUGCCAGUUUUCUGGUAGGCCUACAGCUCAACAAAGCUCAACAACUCGGACGCCACUUUUUGCUUC